UACGUGAUUGUUCCUCGCAAGACCGCUUGAGUACACAAUACGGUGUUUCUUUCCAAUAGUUGCUUGCAAUGUCUCAGCAACUGCGAGCUCAAAAACCCAAAAGCUCUUCACCAACCUCUUUGCCGAGGAUGAGGGUUAGCUCACUCAAAGUCAGUCCUGUAGCGGUUGAAAACGUUAUGGAUUCUCAAGACAUCAAGACAUUACUGAAGUGGUGUGAAACCUUGGACGUCAAUACUGACAAUUGCGACGGCAUAGACCAGUAUCAAGAACGACUUCUUCAACACAUCAAAGAGUCAUACCGUGUUCCCCUACCUGCGUCUGCGCCCAUUGAGAUUGCUCCCUCUAAUUCUGUACUCGAAAAGUUUUCAGCUACGAAAGACGAGUUCCUAGAGCUAAGCAGACAAACGGAAAAGUUUUUCUAUAAUCUCGAAGUUCUCGAGCGGUUUCACAAUCUCAAGCUUACAGAAGACCCAGUUUGGUUGCAGAAAAAACAUUAUGAAGCUGAUAGAAAGCGUUGUAGCAAAAAGCCAAUGGUGCUAGUCUCAGGUAGUACUUCUUCUGGCAAAAGUACUCUUCUUAAUGCUCUGCUUGGAGAAUGCAUCCUUCCAACAGACUACAAUGCUGCUACCUCCGUACUAUGUAUAAUUCAAUAUGGUGAGAAAACAGAAGCCAUCAUUCAUUAUCAAGAACACAAAGAAAGGGUCGAUCUCACCACUAUGGAAGGGCGGCAAAAACUCGCCACAACUAUAGGCCGUACACAAGAAAAAGUCAACAGUGACCAACAGCAAACAACAUCACGUUGCAGUGAAAAAGUAUGGGCAAGCAACCAAGAUAAAAAUGAACAAUGUUCACGAGUUACAAUAUACUGGCCCAGUCAGUUUCUGCGGUGUUUUAAAUUGAUUGACAGUCCCGGAGUUACAGAAGACGAACCAGAAAGCUGUGUUUCAAGACAGAUUACUGAACUGUGUCAAAGAUGCAGUGCCUGUGGUUUCAUCUACGUAUUGAAUGGGAGUUUACCUGCACAAGAAGCAGCACAGGUUGGUGGUUUACUGGCAGCAUAUCUAAAAGGUGAAAGCAAUUUUCUUCUGCUUGAGUCAGCAAUAUUCGUUAUAAACAAGUGGGACAUUGUUCCUGAAGAAAAGAAAGAGAUCUACUUUAAUCUUGUAGCUGAUGGGAUCAAGAAACGCUGGCCAGGAUUUCAAAGACAUCAAUUGCUAACAAUGAACUCAAAACAAGCUGUACUGUUUCAGCAGUUUGGCAGAAUAAAUCCUGAUUUGAAAGAUCUCUGCUGUUUGAUUGACAGAAUGGUUCCAAGUGCUUUAGAAAAGAGAACAAACAAAUCACUAAAAAAACUGUGUGAUGUUAUGCACAAUGCUGGGAAUUCAGUUGAAGCAACACUGAGACAGUUGCAAUUGCCAAUUGAAGACAGAAAAGUAUGGCAAAGUCAAAUUCAAGAAGAAAUACAGAAACUCAUUUUGUCAUUGGAAAGUGCAAAAUCAAAACUGAACAGUAAAUUGACGGCAAAGAUACUUGAAUUCCUACCCGAUGUCCAUUGUCAUCUCCAGUCAGAUGAGGGCCACAAACAAGUCUUGAAAUGGAACAAAUCGUCUUUAAAAGCUAACGAGAAAGAAUCUUAUGAUGCUAAAGACCUAGAAAAGUUCCUAAACCAGCGAAUUAGUCAAGUCAUAUGCGAGUUUAAUGGCUUUGAAGAGUUGUGCAAAUGGGCAAAUACAAUCUUUGUUGAUGAUGCCAAGGACCAACUAAAAUCGCUAAACAUGUUGGACUUGGACGUGACAGGAGGAAGUACACCAGUCAGUGGCACGACCAUUACAGAAAGUUCCAUAAGAGCUAAAGGCAGCUAUUUUGGUUCUUUCAAAAAAGCUAAGAUGUCACCUGUUUUAAUACCUAUCUUAAUGGCUGUAGGCAUCAUUGCCUUUCCUAUAUAUUACGGAGCAAUUAAGCUGGUGGAGUUUGGAAAGGAAGCUACGUUUCGGGCAAUGUUGGAAAAACCAUUCAACAGGUUUUUGCAAGAUAAUAUAACACCUGACUUUUCUCAGUUGCGUGAGAUCGUCUCAUCAUUGCUAGAACCUCCCUGCCCGUCUGUGAAAGUUGUCUUCAAAGAAAUUCCUCAAAGAUUAAGCCAACUCCACCAGCAGUUGAUUGCCCAAAACGAGCAAGAGGUAACUAAUAUCCCUAAAUAUAGAGAGCUGUUGCGGGAAUGUUUAACAAAGCAGGGUGAGUUGUCAAGGUUGAGCCUACAAUUGGAUACUCACAAAUUUACCAAGGAAGAUCUCUUAUCACAAGAGGAAACAGCUAGAGGAAAAACUAGUGUAGUCUACAAAGUCAGUGUUAACGGAAUAGGAAGAGCUGCACUAAAAGUGGCAAUUAAGCCCAUUACACCACAAACAGCUUUUGAUUGGAAGAAAGAAAUUGACAUUUGCAGAAACUGCAGCCAUAGCAACAUAGUGAAGUUCUAUGGAUCAGUACAGAUAUCAGAAAACCCUCUCAAGGUGGGAUUGCUAUAUGAAUGGUGCAGGAGAACUCUGGUAGAUGUAAUAGCAAACGAGAAACUUGAACCACCACAUUGUACACUAACUGGCUUUAAAGAGACUCGAUUUCUUGCACUUGGUAUUCUGAAUGGAAUCAGAUAUCUACACCAAAAUGCCAUCAUUCACCGAGAUUUAAAGCCUGAAAAUAUCCUGCUAACAAAAGUUGGAGAAGUACGAAUUGCAGACAUGGGUUUGGCCAAGUUGUUUGACCACGUAAAUGGCACUAUGUGUGGAACACCAACGUACAUAGCUCCUGAACUAGCUAGUGGAAAGCCGUACACCUGGUCAGUCGAUAUAUUCAGCAUUGGAAUCAUUCUGUGGGAAAUGUGGAACAAACGAAGAGCACAUGUAUACAACGUCAUUAAGGAUAUGUCAAAGCCAGGAUUCUCUGAGCAUCGUCCAGAUAAUGGACGCUUUGUUGGAGAAGACACGUCACAUCCAUCUGGAAUCGAGUCUUAUCAACAUAGAGCUAAAAAUUGGGCACGUGUGGUUAGAGCUUGCUGGGCAUCUGAUCCCAAAGUUCGUCCAUCGGCAGAUAAAACACAUGCAUAUAUAAAAGCUAUUGGUGCUGAUUAGUGACUGGCAAUUAAUGAUACAAAUGUGGUGCCUUGUCUACUACUACAGUAGUAUGUAAGUAUCUACUUGUGUUUUCUGUCAGCUUGUAUAUUGUAAAGAUGUACUUAAGUAGUACUGUUCAGUACAUCAAAUUGCACACCAUAUUACCUCGCACUUUACUGCAUGCCAUUAUAGCCAAACACUGGAAUGGCAAUCAGAAAAUUUCAGCCAUGCAAAAACCAAAGGUGCCGUUCUAAG